GAGAGGAGAGGAAUCAAGAUGAGAAGAGGAGACAAGGAGAAGAGGAAAGGUAGUGGAGAGGAGAGGAGGAGAGAUAAAACAUUGCUGUAACUAACCCCCCCCCCUCAGUAUAUUUGAGGCCGUGUACUCGCUGAUAAAGAACAAGAUCCAUCGUCUUCCCGUCAUCGACCCGGUCAGCGGGAACGCUCUCUACAUCCUGACUCACAAGAGGAUCCUCAAGUUCCUGCAGCUCUUUGUGUGCGAGAUGCCCAUGCCGGCCUUCAUGAAGCAGACUCUGGAGGAGUUGGCGGUGGGGACGUACGCCAACAUCGCCUUCAUCCACCCGGACACGCCGCUCAUCACGGCGCUGUCCGUCUUCACACACCGCCGCGUCUCCGCCCUGCCCGUCGUCGACCACAACGGUAAAGUGGUGGACAUCUACUCCAAGUUCGACGUCAUUAACCUGGCGGCGGAGAAGACGUACAACAACCUGGACGUGACGGUGACGCAGGCUCUCAGACACAGGUCGCAGUACUUUGAGGGCGUCAUGAAGUGCAACAAGCUGGAAACUCUGGAGACCAUCAUGGACCGCAUCGUGAAGGCCGAGGUUCACAGGCUGGUAGUCGUUGACGAUGAGUCUCGUAUCGUCGGCAUCGUCUCUCUGUCCGACAUCCUGCAGGCGCUGGUGCUGACGCCCGCAGGUCUGAGGAGGAAGGAGUCUCUCCCCCAUCAGCCAGCAGCUGUGGACUCAACAGAACCAGAGACAGCAUGUAAUCCUGAACUAGAUCAGGACAAGGACCAGAGACUGGAGCCUAGUACUGAGACAGAAAGCAAACCUGAACCGAGCCAUGAUCAGGACCAGGGACUGGAGUCCUGUGCAGAGACUCAAGACCAGGACCAGGGACUGGAGUCCUGUGCAGAGACUCAGGACCAGGGACUGAAGUCCUGUGCAGAGGCUCAGGACCAGGGACUGGAGUUAUGUGCAGAGACCGAAAGCAAACCUGAACCAGACCAGGACCAUGGACUGGAGUCAUGUGCAGAGGGUCAGGACCAGGACCAGGGACUGGAGUUACGUGCAGAAACUCAGGACCAGGACCAGGGACUGGAGUUAUGUGCAGAGACAGAAAGCAAACCUGAACCAGACCAGGACCAGGACCAGGGACUGGAGUUAUGUGCAGAGACAGAAAGCAAACCUGAACCAGACCAGGACCAGGACCAGGGACUGGAGUCCUGUGCAGAGACUGAGAACCAGGACCAGGGACUGGAGUUAUGUGCAGAGACAGAAAGCAAACCUGAACCAGACCAGGACCAGGACCAGGGACUGGAGUCCUGUGCAGAGACUGAGAACCAGGACCAGGGACUGGAGUUAUGUGCAGAGACUCAGGACCAGGACCAGGGACUGGAGUUAUGUGCAGAGACAGAAAGCAAACCUGAACCAGACCAGGACCAGGACCAGGGACUGGAGUCCUGUGCAGAGACUGAGAACCAGGACCAGGAACUGGAGUUAUGUGCAGAGACCGAAAGCAAACCUGAACCGGACCAGGACCAGGAGAUGAGUAAAGAAACAGAGACUAGCUGUGAGGACACGGAGACUGCUGAGACCUGCCAGCAGGGGGAGCCAGAAGAGACAGGCGAAGGAGAGGAGGAGGAGGAGGAGGAGGAGGAGGAGGAGGAGGAGGCAGCAGCGUGACAUCGAGGUCGCAGGAGCGACCUGGUGCGGCUGCAGAGGGAUGAAGCCCGACUCAGACCACAGCUGUUGCUAACAGCAGCCAGUUAGUUUGAAAACCAGUAGGGAUCCAACAGCCGUCACAGACAGAACAAAACGCUGCAGCUUUGUUUUUCCUUUUGGGUUUAAAACAGAAAAAAAAAAAAAACGACUUGUUUUUUUGGUUUUUAAACUAAAGAAACAGGACUAAAAGAAUUACACAGAGAUGUACAGAUAAAUAUUUUAUUUAAUGAAGAGCCAUUUAAAACCAUCAUCAUGUAAACUUUACAUAUAAUUAACAUUUUACCAUCACGUCGUCAUGGUGCCUUUCAUUUGAGCCUCAGCUCCUGAUUGGUUGAGAGUUUUAGAUCAAUAAAUCAUUAUAAAAUAGUUUCACUGAGACCCUGUUUAUCUGCUGGACCUGUAUUAUAUUGAUUCUGAUAUAUAAUCUUAGUCUCUGCGUAUGGAAAGAUGUGUACGUUUUAUAGAGAUGUUUUGUUAUUUUGGUGUAAACUUUCUAAAGAAUCUGUACAAAGAUAGAUUUUAUUGUUAAAGUAUUUGUAGUUUCUAGUUGUGUUCACGUGAGAUUCACAGUGAGACUGUAGGGCGCGGCUCUAUUUCAAUAAGUCACAUUUAAUAUCCCUGUAAGACUGAACCUGAUCGCCUCCUGAACCUUUGGCUUAUAAAAUGUUGUCUGUGGGGAUUCUGGGUAAUGUAGUAUUUUAAUGUAAACAGCAGGUGGCAGCAGAAUGAAACCGAGUCAGAGAGGAGGAGUUUUAUUUAAGCUAAUUUAUAGAGGAUUUCUCUCACAGCAAGAAAUAAUAUUUAGCUUGUUUUAUUUUAGCUGAAACAAACUUUAGACUUUAACACGACUUAAAGUCCUGAGCAGAGACCCGUCCACCCUCAGCAUCAUAAAUGUUCUGUAUCUGUUGCUUAAAAACAUGAAUAAAAUAUCUUGAUUUUUCUCUGUAA